AUGUCGCAUAUAAUUCGAUCUUUCAACACAAUUCUACAUCGUCGACCACUUCUCACACAAAUGGUAAUUUCCGGAACAGUCAGUGGCGCAGGUGACAUGUUCGCACAAUACAUAACAGGACAAAAAGAAUGGGACAAACUUCGAACAGCUCGAUUUGUCACACUUGCUGCUGUUUUCAUUGCGCCACCAUUGAACAUCUGGUUUCGUUUAUUGGAGAAAAUUCAACACAAAAAUCGGCAUAUUUUGGUUGCGAAAAGAAUGCUUCCAGAUCAACUUGUUUUCAGUCCAGUGUUCAAUGCGUUUAUUUUAACAAACUUGCGAGUUUUGGAAGGAUUUUCAAUUGACGAAUCAAUUUCGAAAAUGAAGAAUGACUGGUAUGAUGUUUAUACAAAUAGUUUGGCUCUUUGGCCCGCUGUACAAUUAUGUAAUUUUUACUUUGUACCUCUACAUUAUCGUGUUAUUGUUAUUCAAGUUGUUGCAUUUUUCUGGAAUUCAUAUUUAUCUUUCAAAACUCAAAAACAUUGA